AUGGGUUGGUCUCUACACAAACAUCUAGCCGCUCUUCUGGCUGCUCUCUGGGUAUUCGAAUAUGGACGCACAGCGUAUAACCAACUUGUCGCUCCUCCUCUGCCCGCUGCCUACUUUGCCUACGGAAACGGGUCAACAUGCGAUAUAAUCCAGCACAAUUACUCAGAGGACUUAGGAUUCUGCGAAGACCUGGCUCUUUGGAAGACCCACGAUGUCGAUGGCAAGCGCGUCGACAAAAUUCUGGCCUCUUGUGAUUUGGCUAGACAUGAAUGGAACACGGUCAUGGGACCAAUGCGAGACCCCAAACCAAGAGGGUCCAUCUGGCUACUACAGAACAUCAAUGGGAGGCUGCGCGCGCAACCUGUUCGGAUUGAUGGGUUCCCUUCAGACUUGGACUUCCAUCCCCUCGGUCUCGACAUUGUCGCAGGACCAGAGGGACCACCAACCGUUUUCAUCGUCAAUCACAUGAGAACGAAACGAACAGUCGAACUCUUUGAAUUGCAUGAUGAAUCAUCCCCACGUCUCAUUCACCUCCGCCAGCUCGAGCAUCCAUCUUUCAGAACGCCCAAUAGCGUCGCUGCAGUAUCUCCUUCAACAUUUUUCCUGUCCAAUGAUCACGGGUUCACAAGAGAUGGAUUCUGGCCCUUGACCACGGUGAUGCACUUUCUGGAAACCUUGCUCUUCUUCCCACUCGGCUCGGUAGAGCUUGUGCAGCUCCAGGAAGACGGUAUCAGUGCUAUGAGGGUAGCUUCUGGCAUUGCCUUUGCCAAUGGCUUGGCCCUCUCUCCUGACGGAUCAGAGCUUGCCGUUGCAUCGACAUCGCCUACCAAGGUUCAUCUGUAUGCGGCUAACACUAGUACAGGUCAACUAAUUCACAAGAAGACGCUGCGUCUUCCCUAUUCCCCUGAUAAUCUACAUUAUCACGACGACUCGUCGUUGUUGGUGGCUGGUCACCCCCACUUUCCCGGAAUCUCCUUGUUGGCAAGACGCAAACGACCUACAUCUCCUUCAUGGGUUACGCAAAUCACCAAGCGGGAACAUUUGACUGAGGACGAUCGGUCGGGGACCGUCCCCUAUAGCGUCUACAAACGUGUUAGCGUCGACAAUGAAUACGCGAUAAAGACUCUUUACCAAAGUAAUGGAACGGGCUGGUCUGCGGUCACGACGGCCCUCUGGAGCGAUGGGUCUCUGGUGAUGAGCGUUGAUCCAAGACCGAUCGUAAAGUUUCAGACAAUCACGAAAGACGGCGCCGAAGUGAUCGUAGGCCGAGUCAAGGUUCCUACUCCCGCUACCCAGUCAACUCCGGAAGGCGCGCACGCCUAUGUCCUGCGCCGCUAUGACAAUGGAUUUAUUUCAUGGACAACAAUGUGGAGAGCAGCGUUCCCAUCCACAAAGCAGAGUGACGAAAAGGAAGACAUUUCCUGGAUCAGAGCCAACUAUGACAUCAAGACUGGUUCGGAGAAGGAAGUGAUGCGUCUUGCUGGUGUAUGGAUCCCACCAGAGCUCGCAAAAGUCCUGGCGCCUUCCUUUCACCUGACAUCCAUUGUCAAUGCUUUAGCCGAUGCCGCUCCAAUGGAGGAGGCAAGCAACAAGCCCGUAGCCAAUGGCAAAGCCUCACACACAACGACACCGUCUGGUCCAAACAAACGAAGGAAAGAGACGCAUGAGAGCCCAGCAAACGCCACUCCAAACGGCGCGAGCGAGCAUUCCUUACUGUCAACGCCCGUCUCGACGAGCAAGACGCGGAAAGCCAAGAGCCCCGCUCCCUCACGCACCACACCCUCUCGUACAACAAGAGCACGAAAGACAGCGUCGCCUGCACCCGCGCCCGAGCCCUCUACGCGGUCAAAGAAAGAGUCGGAGAAAGAGGACACACGCUCAACGCCUCGUCGUCGGUCUGCCGCCGCCAAAAAGCAGCAAGCCAAACACGACGAGUCCGACGACGAAGACGUGAGCAAGGCACCGCUUCCCGUUCCCGAAGAGGACAUUGCCGAGUCGCAGAAUCUCGUCCAGCGUCUCAAGGAAGAGGCACAACACACAAUUGCACCUCUUACGCAGACGAUCAAGCGCACGAGAGACGAGGCAGAGGCAUCAGACACGUUGAACAUUGUAGAACACUCGCAGGACGUCGUUCCUGUCCCUGUCGAAGAGCGUGCGGUGGUGACAAACCGUAGAGUCGCAUCUCGUUGGCCGACUCUGCCAACGCUUGACCCGAACCAAAAAGCGGCUGCCUGGGGCACCAUUGCAUUUGCCAUUGGCUGGGGAGCGACCACUUUCCUCCCUCAAUUCUUCUAA